AAAAUAGACAUUAGAUCUUAGAAUUAUUUACUACACACUGUAGACGAUAAAACUGCUAGGAUAGGAUGGUACAGUGCACUCUAUCAAAGCAACUAUAUAAAAGCAAUUAUAUUAAAACCACCAGAAAGAAAUAGUUAUUAAAGCAGAGAUUGAUGUUAUUCACCCAUGACAAUGACCAUGGGCAAAAUCUCUUUCACUCAGCCUUGAGGACUAACUUUAAGGGGUGUCCCUACCCAAAGGAGAAAUCUUCAUACACACUCCAAGAAGGGAUAUGUUAGAAGAACCUAACCAUAUGGAAAUGGACUGGACUUUUAUAGUGUACAGUGCCUGACUGCCAGUCAUAUAUCUCCAGGUCAGCUUAGCAGCUUGGCUGCCAAAUCUUUACCUCAUUGUCAGGAUGCUAAUUUGGGAGUUGAUGGGUCAGACUGGUGUUGUCAUAAUUCAACACCAAAACCAGCUUGAUGCCCUCUCUCAGUCCACCACUGGACUAAUAGCCUUGUAAAUAGGGCAUUGGCCAAGUUGCUUGACCACAUUCCAGGGCAGGGCAUCCUGCUAAACGUCUUCAACUAGAUCAGGUCGCUCUGAGCCCAGUCCAGCCUGGCUUUGACCACUUCUGGGGAUGGUGUAUCCACCACCUGUUCCAGCAUCUCACCACCCUCACCGUAAAAAUACCUUACAUCUAGUCUAAAUCCGCCCUCUUUCAGUUUAAAGCUAUUCCCCGUACCACUACAUGCCCAUGUAAACAGUCCCUUUGCAGCUCUCUUGCAGGUCCCCUUUAGGUACUAAACGGCUGGUGUAAGGUCCCUUCAGAGCGUUCUCUUCUCCGGGCUGAAAUCCCGAACUCUCUCAGGCUGUCUUCACAGGAGCGGUGCUUUGCCUCCCUCCUCAGGACUAGCUUCAACAGGUCUUUCCCGCGCCGACUGCCUCGGAGCUGGGCGCAGCACUCCAGGUGCUGGGGUCUCACAAGGGCAGAGGAGGGGGGACAAUGUCCUCCGUCCCCGGCCGGUCACGGUUCGGCGGUGCCGCCUGGGCCGCGGCUUUGCCCGGGCUGCGGCGCUCCGGCCGCCCCGGCCGCCCUGGGCCCGGCACGGCCGCCGGGCGGCAGCAGCGGCCCCGCAGAGGCGGCGCCCGCUGAGGCGACGUGUCCCUGCCCCGGCCGAUGGCCGCCGCGCUGCUCCGCGCCCGCGCUGACUGAUGUAUUUGAAGAGGCCGGCGGGCGGCCUCGCCUUCUGCCUCUUCUACCUGGCCUCCAGCUUCACCAACAAGUAUGUCCUGUCUGUCCUGCAAUUUACCUACCCUACCCUUUUUCAAGGGUGGCAAACAUUGGUGGGUGGACUUCUGCUUCACAUCUCCUGGAAGUUGGGAUGGGUGGAGAUAAACCUGUGUUCAAGGUCUGAAAUCCUCUCAUGGCUUCCUGCAUCAGUACUUUUUGUGGGCAUUAUUUAUGCUGGCUCCAGGGCACUGUCUAGAUUGCCAAUCCCAGUGUUCCUCACUGUGCACAACGCGGCAGAAGUCAUAACCUGCGGGUUCCAGAAGUUUGUGCAGAAAGAGACGUCUCAUCUGAAAGUCUGUAGUGUGCUCUUCCUCCUGGCAGCAGCAGUGUGCCUUCCUUUGUGUGACACGCAGUUUGAUCCAAAUGGAUAUUUAUGGGCUCUAAUUCACUUGAUCUGUGUUGGGGCUUACAAAGUAUUUCACAAGUUGUGGAAACCUGGAUCUUUAAGUGAUCUGGACCAACAGUACAUCAACUAUGUAUUCAGUGUAGUGCUGUUGGCCUCUGCAUCCCAUCCAGCAGGUGAUCUCCUCAGUGCCUUGGAUUUUCCAUUCCUGUACUUCUACAGGUUUCAUAGCAGCUGCUGUGCCAGAUAUGUGGGAUUUGGAGGAAAACCUAUGCAAUGUAAGUGGACUGUUGGGAUUCUUUCUGAUGUUGCACACAGUGAAGCUAAAAAGCAGCACAACCUCGGGGCAAUAUGCAGCCUGGAGUUUCCUUGCAAAGCAAAGAUCCUGCACUUUGUGCAAGACUGUUUCAAGAUCUCUGCUCACCCAACCUGGGAAAACUGUGCAGCUACAAGCCAAAACCCUGUGAGAAAGGGAGAAUUGUGUCCUAGACCCAUCUGGACUCUACUGGUUAUCACUGCUAGCUUAUCACCCUUCUUCUUUGUCAUGACUGCCAAUGUACUAACAAUUUCUUGCCUUGUGAUCGGUGGAGUUGGAGAAGCAUUGCUUGUUUACACUGAAAGGACAGGCACAUAAAGAGGAACCAGAUCUCACCAGCUGGAAAAGAGCUGACUUGCAGCCUAGAGACACUAUCAUGAAAAAAAGUGGCAGCAGGAAUGAAGAAGUGCAACCAGACAUGAGGAAAGGGAUCUAUUGGGGUUUUUUUAAUUAAUAAAAUAACCUAUGCUAUUAAUAGUGCUUGUAAGGGAGCAGCAUAGUUCGCAGAGAUGGUAAGGAGCCUUUGCCUCAAAGCACAAGAUCAACUAUAUCAGAUUGAUGUGGUAAAGAAAAAACUGCACUGUAUCAUGCUGAUGGCUCUGUGUGAGCACCACUCAGUAGCAGCUCCUUGCACAGGGAGCUAAACUCAGGAAAAGCAGCAUUCCCCACUGGAUGUUCCCAGUGUUGGUUUUUUUGGGUUUUUUUUUUUUUUUUUGUUUUUGUUUGAAGCAGACAGCAGGUCAUACCAAACAAUGUAUAAAUUCGGGAUCUGGAAGGAUGGAUUUUGCCUCCAACUGUUCUGUAAGCAGCAAGCUGCCACACACAGAUCUCUAGUCAUGUUGUCUGAACUGGCACAGGGACUGAGGCCAAAGGGCUUGUGGAGAUAAUCCCCUUCUGGAACUGUGGCAGUUUGACAGCCUUUCAGAAAGGGAAAAUCAGCAAUAAAUCUCAAUAUCUGUA